AAAGCAAGGAAAGUAUUGAAGUAACAGCCAGCGUGGAGCUUGUCUGGAUUUGUCUGUCACCAUCGCUGUCUCCAGGCCUACAGCUACUCUUCUCUUCAUUUUAAGUUUGCCCUUUCUUAAGUUUUUAAGAAGAUAACAGCAGAGAAGAGUUUCAAACAUGACUUACUGGAAAGCAAAGCUGUUGCCAAGGAUCAAGAAGUACUUUGGCAAAGGUCCCAAGAAAGGAGCAGUUGAAGCUGCCAAGUCCUUUGAACAGUCCAAGGAGUCUAUUGAAAAUGAGAUCCAAGAGAAGAAGGCUGAGUUGGAGCCAAAGGUAGUGGAGAUAUACAAGGAUUCCAAGCCUGAAACCAAGAUGCUGUUGAAGGAGCCCAGUGAAGAAAGAGUGAAGAAGCAGGGUCAGGCUAUUGUGGAUCUCUUGCAGCGCCUCGUAGAAAUAGGCUGCCCAGGAGCACAAGUCCUCAAGGAGACAGGAGAUAAAUAUGGGGCUGCUUCCAUGUCUGUGCAGAUUGCAUUUCUGUUUGAGAAGAUUUCUCCCUUUGUUAGCAAUGAAGAGGCCCCAUCAGUGGUUGUGGAAGAAGAGAUUGUUACUGCUAAAGAGGUGGCAGUAGAAACAGAGACAAUAACAACAGUAUCUGAAGAAAAAAAAGAUACCCAAGUGGUGACUGAAACAACCAAAGCUGUUGUUGAGGAAACAGAAGUAAGUGAGACUGUUGAAAAGGAGAAGGAAGAAGCAGCUACAUCUUCUGCUUCAUAGAGCAUGCAAAAGUUCCAUUUGUUUAGUCAUGUUAUGGUGUUUGCUAUUGUUCAAGAGCCACCGGUUUUCCUUUUGGUCAUGUACAUUACGUGGUUAAGUGGAUGUAGUUUACAAGUUAUAAGAUGUUUAUGUCGUGACGAUGUAUAGCUUAGAUGCACCUCUCUGUUCAGCAGUGAGUCCUCCAGAAUCGAUUUUGACACACCCAUAUUAUAUUGAAUGUUUGUCCAUGUAGAAUUUAUGAACAAUAAAAGAAACAACGUUGCAGAGUUUUUUAACUAAGAAUAAAGGAUGGUUUUUUUUCA